AUGUCGCUAAAGCGCAAAUUCCAACCAGCCUUUUUUGAAAACAAUAUCACCAUGGGAGCAAAGCAAAGCAACAUGUCAGCAGCACAAAAGCAACAGUACCAUCCAGCACAAAAGCGAGCUAAACCACGAUCCUCCUCCACAGCAAGUAAUACAGCAGCAGCAGCGGCAGCACGCCAUAAUAACAAACCUACCACUCAACCUGUUGCAAAUCCAAUUCCACAGUUUGAUGAACAACAAUGUCGUCUCCUGUUCAAGAAGUAUGCUGAUCCAGACACGCCAAACACCAUUUCCCCUGAAGGAAUGCAACGUUUCUUUGAAGAUUUAGGAUUAUCGGUGGAGGAUGUUCUUGUGAUUGCAUUUGCGUGGAAGAUGAAUUUGCAGACAAUGGGUUAUAUCACAGAGAAUGAAUGGAUGCAUGGAAUGAGGGAACUAGGUACCGACUCCAUUGAGAAGCUUCAAGCCAAGCGUCCUGAAUUAGAAAAUGCACUGAAUGAUGCGGAACAAAUGAAGGAAAUGUAUCGCUACACUUUUGGAUAUGCUAAGAACAAGGACCAAAAAUGCAUGGAUGUCGAGGUUGCCUCUGCUUUAUGGUCUAUGCUAUUAGGCCCCAAGUUUCCAAUCGUUCAAGAUUUCCUUACAUUCCUACAGGAAAAAUGUCCAGUCCGGGUGGUCAAUCGUGAUCAAUGGCAGAGCUUUUUAGAAUUCGCAGCAACCGUGUCGCCUGAUCUAUCCGACUAUGAUGAAACAUCCGCAUGGCCUGUAUUAUUUGACGAGUACGUCGAAUGGAAGCGUGAACAAGCAUAA